AUUUUUAGUAAGAAUUUAUCCAGAUCACUUGAGUACAGAUUAAGUAGAGUCCUGCUGUGUAUUGAUGAGAGUAUCUGCAGAAUAUUAAUAGGAAAUAUUCUACGGGCUGUCUCCUCCACUUAGUCUCCAAAAGAUGACAGAGAUAGAGAAAAUCUACAGCUGACAGUGGAGGAGAAAUAGACAGAAAAAGGCCACCUUAUUGUUCAUUACAUUUGAGAUUAAGUGUACACAAAGAUCUCGUCACCAUGACGAUGAUGUCGGUCACCUUCGAGGUGAUGUUUCGGGUUGAGGCAGAGGUGGAGAACGGUGAGGUAGUGUGUGUGGUGGGGGACUGUGACCGCCUCGGGAACUGGGACCCCCACCACGCCGUGGUGCUGAGUCGUGAGUCCAGCAGUCCUGGCCAAUGUCGGAAAAACAACCAGCAGAUGGAGAACAGGUGUGACAAAGAGGACAGAAAGACAUGUGAUGUCUGGAGAAAGAAAGUCAAACUGUGUGGGAUGAAGAACUACAACUACCGAUACUUUGUGUGUCAGAUCAUCGAGUCGGACAGCGAGUCCACGGAGCGCACGGUCAAGGUCAUUCGCUGGGAAACCAACAUUCUACCCCGAGUCUUCUCUCCAGCAGAUUACAUGAAGGACCCAGGAAAGUACGAUGCAGAAAUCAUGAAGUUUGGAGAAUACGGUGGAAAAAACCAUGUAACAAAGGGCUGGCUGACUGACCAAUCCGAAAUACACAUCCGAAUCCACGGGAAUCCGAUCCGUAUGUGGAAACCCAAAUACAGAAAACAGACCUACAGGAUCAAGUGCACUCCUCUGGAUCAGCGAUACAAAGAUCAUCUAGAUGAGGAUGAAGAAGAAGACGAGUGGGGGACCCAUGUGUCUCCCCCCUCCACCUUCACCAAAGUACUGGUCUCUACUUUAGAUGAGAGACAAAUAAACCACUGUGUUCAGAGUGAAUCAGGAACCAUCUUUGAAGCAGGAAGUUACAUGAUUUUUACAGCAGAAACCACAGAACCUGAAAGUUUGGGGUUCCAGUUUGAUUUCUAUGUCAAUCAGGAGGGAGUGACUCCGAAACAUAUCGGUUACUGCUACCUACUUCCUGUGGAUCUCAAGAAAUCCAACGACACCAAAACUGUGCCAAUCACCGGGCUCAAUCACAAGCCCAUCGGGCAGAUUGACCUGGAUUAUCUAACUGUGAAACCAGUGCCCGGUCUAGAUCUGAAAAUGGAUGUGAGCUACCAAAACUAUUGGAAGUUUGAGCGCAAGUCCUUGGAUGUCGGCCAUCGGGGAAUGGGCUCGUCAUACAAGCACAAAAAGUUGGCAGCAGUGAGAGAAAAUACAGUCCAGUCUCUGCAAGACGCAGCCAACCAUGGAGCAGAUUAUGUGGAGUUUGAUGUCCAGCUCAGCAGGGACAUGAUUCCAGUCAUUUACCAUGACUUCCAUGUGGCCAUCACCUACAGGAAGAAAAAACGAGAGGAGCUGGAAUUUUACCAAGCCUCCGUCAAGGACCUGAAAUUGUCAGAACUUCAAUCAAUGAAGCUUUCCCACGCCUCUCGAAUCUCCGAUAACGACAGGGAUGACAUCCAUGAGGACGACAUAGAUCCAACAGAUCUGCAGCCGUUUCCGACCCUGGAGAGGGUGUUUGAAGCGGUGAAUCCGGCUACUGGGUUCAACGUCGAAAUCAAGUACCCCCAGGAAAAAGUGAAUGGGGAGUUUGAAGAGAUCAAUUUCUAUGACAGAAAUAAGUACGUCGACAUAAUUCUAAGGGUUGUCAUGAGAACGGCAGGGCAUCGGCGGGUGGUCUUCUCCAGCUUCGACCCAGACAUAUGUAUUCUAGUACAGAGGAAGCAGAACAAGUACCCGACUCUCCUGCUGACUAACGGGGAGGAUAUGGAGAAAUAUGUGCCGUACCUGGACCUGAGGACCCGCUCUAUUGACAUGGCCAUCUACUUUGCUACAUUCAGCAAUCUGUUGGGAAUUGACGUCUUGACGUCCACACUUUUCCGCAACAUGGACAAAAUAGAGAAAGUGAAAGAAGCCAAGCUGGUGCUGUUUUGCUGGGGAGAGGACAAUAACGAUUCAAAUGCCAUCAACACGCUCAAACAGAAAGGAGUGGACGGGAUCAUCUACGACAGAAUUGAUUUCUUUAAAUCUGGAGACAAGAGCGUCUUUCAAGUGGAGCAGGAACAGACGGAGAGGAUCCUGAUGAGUGCCGGACUUCUGAGUCCGACCGACACACUCCAGAAUCUGGAGCCGUCGUCCGGAUCGGAGAGUGAGAAUGGAACCACUAUCCUUCAUGUAGCCGUUUCCAGCAACAAUCCAGAAAUUGUGAAGCUGCUUCUGAGUGCAAAGGCUGAUGUACAGAAAGCUAACAAUCAAGGUAGAACUCCUUUGCAUCUUGCUUCAAGAUCAGGGAAUGCUGAGAUCACUAAACAGCUGAUAGACGCUGGCUCCGACGUCAAUGCCACAACAAACGAUUGUAGAACUGCUUUACACACAGCUACCUGGCGAGGUAACACAGAGGUUGUUCGACAUCUUGUUGCAGCUCAGGCAGAUGUCAACAUUCAUGAUGGGGACAGCUGGACUCCAUUAUUUUGGGCUGCAAAAUUGAACUACAGACAAAUAACGCAGCUUUUAGUGAAACAUGGGGCCGAUUUGAAUCAUCGCAUAGUGAAUAAACAAUACACAGCUUUGCAUGAAGCACUACGCAAUGGACACAUUGGCUUGUCAAAGUAUCUUAUUCAUGAAGGGGCUGAUGUUAACAUGGAAGCUAAGAGUGAAGGCAUACUAGACUUUCUGUUGAAAUCCCAACACCUGGACCCUCCAGUGUUCACAGACAUGAUGGACUUUUGCUUACUGCAUGGCUACAAAAUCUCCAGGGACUUAAUGACAAGGAAAAUCCAGUCUGUUAAAGCUCUACAAAAUUGUGAGCAGAUACAGAGGUGGCUACAGAAAGAAUUUGAGACUGUUCCCUUACUGUCAAAUAUCUGUAGAAACUUGAUAAGACAACAGCUCACCAUUAGUAAGAAAAGCAGACUCAAGAAAAGCAUAGAAAAUCUACCUCUUCCAUUUCUACUCAAAGACUUCUUAGCAUUCCAAGAUGAAGAAUGUGAAUCCUUGUUAAAGUUAACAUUUUGAAAAAAUAUUGUUUUAUUGCAGUGGCGUAGCUACCAUGUAUGUGUAUAUGCAUGAGCAUGCACCUCAUUUGGGAAAAAAAGGAAGAAACUCAGUAAAAAAAUAAAGAAAGAAAAAAAUUAAUAAAAGAAUUCAAGUAUUAAGGUCCAUAAUUAGUUAUUUCAUCAACCCGUUUCCGUCAUCCGGUCCUACUUUAUCUGGCGAAUCAAUGCUAAACAAAGAUGUCUUAAGUACCAAAUAUAGACACGCGCAAUGUAGUCUUACAGUACACAAUGCAUAUACCUAAUACCUAAUAAAGCAAAGAUUUAUUUUGCAUUUGAACUUAGUUUUACACAUCAUUUUAAAUUCCCCCCAUAGAAUAUCACAGCUUUAUUGAGAUAUUCAUUACUAUAAACUAGGUGAAAGUGAACUUAAGAAUAAAAGCUUUGAGUGGGUCAAACACAAACGUCAAAAGUAUUUUUCUUCUUUUAGCUUUAAUCAGUUUUGAGAUUUUAUUUUAUGCCUACACUAUAACCAAAACAAUUUUAACUGCCUAUAAAAAAUAUGCUUAAAUAGUGAGCAUUCCUUUCAAUUUUAGUGAUGAUUUUUAGUGUUAAAAAUCGUCAGAAUCCAUGAGCUUCUGGGGCCUUCACCCCUGGCCUCCACCCGGCUUCGUACUGGACCCACUUGGGGCCCCCACACCCCCUGCCAUUUUAAGCAUGCACUUCGAAUCUGGUCUAGCUACGCCACUGUAUUGAAUCAAUCAGUUUGUGUUUUACAGAAGAACUAAGUUAUAGUGAAAACCUUGGGCCUCAUGAUUUUACUUCAGUAUAUUUGUAGUGUGUAUUAAAUGUAACAUGUGACUGUAUGUACAAAGAGAUAGUGAAUUUGCAAAUAUACAUGAAAAUGUUUUCUAUUUAUAACUAUUGUUAAUGCCCAUUAAAGUAUUGAAUAAGUAUUUAAGACCAGCAAUAAUCUUGAAAAUUGUGAUGAUAAAGAGAGGAUUUAAAAAUUACUUACACCAACAUUAUUCUUGAUAGUUACAUUGAAAGUACAUGCAUACCAAAAAUGUUGUUUUUUAAUAGUUUAAAUUAUUUGUUACUUUUUUCAUGUUUGAAAUAAUGUGAAUUCACACAUCUCAAAUAUUUUUGGAUUUUGAAUUGUUGAGAAUGUAUCUGGGUAAUUUAAAAGCAUUGCUUUAUCUGUCAAAUAACUGUAUUUGUAUUCAUUGACAAGUUUUUCUGUUUUUGCACAUGUUUGACGAUGGAUAAUUCCAAUUAAACAUUCUUGUCAUUUAAUAGGCAGCAAUUUUUAUUCAUGUGUGAGAUUUGUAUGUGAAAUUUAUGUGGUUGUUUGAAAUUGAACAGAUUUAAGUAACUUAAAAGUUGUUAAUUAAAUAAAUUUAUUCUGAAGAUC